UUGGCUCCACGUCACUCCACCUCCUUGGCUUCUCAUCUCCAAGAACACAGCAGGAACGCAGCGGCCAGAUUAUGGGCAGCCUGUUCCCCUUCCCCUUCCACUCCUUUUCCCAACAAAUUAGGCCUCCGCUGCUUCAUCUUUUUGGUUCGCCUAUCAAAUCUGGCACCGGUGCGAGUCGCCGCCUCCUGCGCCCACCAGUCCAUACCAAAUCGAUCACCACCCAUCGACGAGCCGAGUGGCACAAGCAGACGAGGAGACGGACUUGAUGUUGUUGCUGGCAUGAUCCUCCUGCCGUUCAACGCCGCGUGCCUCGUCGGCAAGCACGCAGUGCCGGUUGCAGAGCUGCAGCCGUUGAGCGAAGAGAAAGGAGUCCCGCUAAUGCUAGAUGUCGUCCGCCUCUCGGGAACGCCGUGGGGGAAGGGUGCUGUCCGCCGCCGCGGACCAUGCCGAGGAGCACCGUUGGAGAUUGGGACAACUUCAAUGUCCUUCUCGUAGUUGCAUUCAGACUAUUGGAUCUGCGAGGCAUCAGCAACAGCGUUGAAUAUGAAGAGGCCUACAUCUUUUUGAUGAUGAUGUCGAACAGAUUGUGGACAAGCAGGGAGGCACACUUGAACGAAAAUGGGAGGAUAGAUCCUGAUGAAUGGAAAGUGUUCAGAAGUAAAAAAAAUCUCGCUGAAGCACCUGCGCUAGGUCAUAACUAUGUCAUUCACUCUCAACCUGCGCUACAAAAUUAUUGGUAUAUGCGAUUUACGAUUUGGUCAGAGCCCAUCUGUUGCAAGUGUCGGAUGAUUUUCUGCUGAUGGCAAGGUUCUAGGACGAUUCGGUGGUUCUUACUGCAUAGUACUGUUGCUGCUCCCAUUAAUAUACAAGUAUUUGACGAGAAAAUUUCCUGCGGGGGGGCUCAAACGGGGCUGCUGGCACCCUAUACAUGCAUACAACAGUCACGCCCUGCCCUCCCUAUUUGAUCAUUUGGUUGGGUAAAUUUUGUUUCAUCCUUUGUUUAGCUUUUAAGUUCAAGCGACCUAAUUUACCAUUUUUAUAGUAUCAACAUGGAUGAGUUGAUUGGCUUAGUUUACUUUGUUUCUCCUACGGAUAGGACAACAUCUAUGAUUUUAAGCAUGCUACCA